AUGUCUUUUUCGCCCGACACCGUAAACUCGUUAAUGUUACACGAGGACUACAAGCUCGCUGGCCGUGAACUAUCUCCAUACAACCAACAAGAGGACUACUUGCAACCUGCGACCGAAACGCCGCUGAAAAUUGAGACGGCAACGUCCAGAAUGUCUUCUCUCGACAAUCUUCCUGCUAUUCCUGAGUUUGGUACAGUUAACUCAGACGAUUUAUUAAAAGGCCCCUUUGAUUUCCCUUUCGUUCCAGGCCCUGCUACUGAUCCUGCAUUUGCAUUCUCUGAGACUGGGCUCGAGGAUCCAUACUCUCUUGUUUUUUCCUCGUCUUGUCCCUCAUUAACACCCCCAUCUUCCCCCCUCAUGUCUCAGCUUCCCAGUGACCCCUUGACGUAUCUUGGUGAGUUGGACGAUAUACCUCUUGUUCCAUCUGCUGCUGCUGUAAAGAAUAACGGCACCAACUCCAACAACGGCUUUGCUCUGCCUCCCCAACAACAGCGGAGCCAUCGUCAUCAACGCUCCUCCUCCUUCCUUUCUGAUUUGGACAUUCCCGUGAAAAAGGAGUCUUACGUAUACCCUGAUGUGAAUCCCUGCGUAAACUUUGCUUUGGAUAACACACUUAACAACAGUCUUGAUUCUUACGGACAAUCUCUUCUUCAACCAUCUACCGAACCAAAGAAGGUCCCUGCUGAAGCGGAAGUAGUGGGAAAUGUACAGACGAAAUGCGCAAACUUGUACGAGCAGCCUGCUCUUCCUGUGACAUCUUCGUAUCUUUCCUUCUCGAACACUUUGAACACCACGUGUGAUGAUGCAAACAUCGGUGCGAACUUGUUCGCACCAACGACUGAUUCUGCCUCUCGCCGUCCUUCCGGCUCGUCUUCACCGUCUUCCUUGUCUUCGCUUGAGUGUGAUGUUUUCUCUACUGCUUAUCCAACCAGUUUGGAUGUAUCCAACAAUUACGACAGUUCAACAGCUCCCUUUCUCUAUUCCCAGCAAUCGUUGCCUAACAGCACCCUGCCGUUCUCCGCGCCUAUUCAACCUUCGCCUCCGUUGACGCAAACUGUAUCCCCCAUUGAAACCAUUCGUACAACGGUACCGAGCCCUUCAUUCGCCGGAGCCCAAGAACCACACGCUCCUUAUGUGAUGGAACAAUGCUGCAGCACACGAUUGCCCUUGCAAACCGGCGUACUUCCUUCUUAUCCCAAGUCGCACACAGCCGAUCGGCCGCGCAAACAAUCUAGUCGUUUAUGCCACAUUCCACCUGAAACAAUGGCCAGUUUGUACACUGGACCUGACGAAGAAGGAAAAUACAUCUGUCUUUACAAAAACUGCGGCAAACGAGUGAGCCGCAAAUAUAAUAUCCAAUCUCAUAUCCAGACACAUUUGAGCGACCGGCCUUAUCGAUGCACUACUUGCAAGGCCAGCUUUGUUCGACAACACGAUUUGAAACGUCACAUGCGUAUUCAUAAUGGUGGUAAACCAUUCUCUUGCGAGUGCGGAAAGAGUUUUAAUCGCAUGGAUGCACUGAAUCGUCACAAACAGCGCAACAUCUGCAUAGGUGGGUUCAAGCAAGAGCAACAACAAACAGUGGAAUCUCACCAAGAGGCCACUCAGCCUCAACGGAUACCCAACGGAGAUUCCGUAGGCUCCGUCCAGGCAUUUUCUCUUGCUGCUUAA